AUGGAAAAAGCCGCCACCACUUGUCCCACACUGGUGCGGAUUGCUGCCAACUGUCCCCCCGUCAGCAAGUCAGCAUCCCAGCAGAACUCUCAGUGGACCUCCCUGCUUGACCUAUACACUCCUGCCAAGAAUAAGGAUGCCAAAUCUCCUGACAGACCCCAGCUGAGGUAUAAAAGUCCCAAGCUCGAGCAGAAGAAUCAGUCUCGACCGAUGGCCCAAAGGUACAAGACCCUCCACACGUAUGAAUACCGAUAUGAAGCUGAAUCUUUGAAUGCCAUCAACGGAGCCUCACAGCUCAGGAAUGGACCUAAGGGCUCAUGCACGGUAUCAGUUGAAGUACCCCAGUCUUGCAGUUACAUCGUCCGCACCACUGGCUGUAGCCUGAGUGAGGUGGUCGAUAUGGACACAGAGGGCAACCCUGUGUUCGCUCCUGCAGCCACUUCUGAUGCCUUUGCUGCUGAAAUGGAGAAGUAUCCUCUGAAGGUUGUGGUUGAGGGAGUUUACGAUGUCAAACUGUACCCCGAGGAAGGGGAGACAAUUACUAUCCUGAACAUCAAAAGGGGAAUAAUUUCCGCCCUGGCUGUGCCUCUGCUGGAAGAAGACAAGAACAAAAAUAUGCCCACCAUCCAUGGCAAGUGCAAGACCCAAUCCACAGUCAACGCAAGAGAGGACAUCGCAACUGACAUCAGCCUCAACAGGGACCUGUCCAGAUGUGACAAAUUUGUCCCACUGAGAGACCACACCAGCCCACUGGCACUUAUCUCUGGCAUGCACUAUCCUCUUGCCCAGCUGGUCAGAAGCUCACAGGCCUGCAACUACAAGUUUGACAAUGAGAACAAACACAUGACCUCUGGCUCAUGCAUUGAAAACCACAUCCUCAUUCCCUUCUCUCACAAUGGAGAACAUGGAAUUACCAACGUUGGAAAGCAAGAACUGACUCUGGUUCAGGUCUCUCCUAGCAAUGAAAGAGUAUUUGACCACAGUGGUAUUGUGAAAGGUCUUCACAUGGACGCUGUCGAGGACAAGAGUGCUAUCCAGGAUAAAGAUGCAGGUCUGAACCUCCUGAGAGAACUGGCCUCUCUGCCCGAGACUGAAGGUGAAAAGAGGGCCCACCUCUUCCACGUGCUUGUCAGUAUGGUCCGUGGAAUGAAGACCGAGACCCUGAGUCCCGCCAUUCCAGAGGCUCUUGAAGUGUCCAGUGCCCUGACCUACCAGGUUUUGGUCCAGUGUGGAACCCCUGAGUGCAGCAGUGCCAUCAUGCAGAUCUUCAGGACCUUUGACACCUCCUCACUCAAGGUUGAUUCCGGUGUUUUUGCUAUGGGACUGGUGUCCAAUCCCUCUGCCCUCCUGAUCAAUGACAUGCUCGAGAUGGCCAAAUACAAGCCCAGCAAGCCCAUCAUGUACGCCCUGAGCAAUGUUGUAAAGAGGUUUUACAAAGCUGAAGGCAAACUGAUCCCUGAGAUUUUCGCUGUUGCCGAGUUCAUGGGUUCCCAGUUGGGUGACUGUUCUGGUGACAAGGAUAACACUUUCAUGACAUUGAGAGUUAUUGGAAACAUGGCAGCAGCUAUGGGAGCUGCUGGUCCUGCACUCAGAUCUGCUGUGAUCCAGUGUGUGAACCAACCUGCUGCUUCCCUGGCUGUGCAGCAGGCUGCCAUCCAGGCCUUCAGACUGACUCCCGUCCCAGAGGAGGGCAGAGAGAUUCUCAUGCAAGUGCUUUUGGACGGCGCAAGCCCAAUGCAAAAGCGUGUUGCUGCAUAUCUGGUACUGAUGAAAGACCCCCAGCCCACUGAACUGGCCCAGCUGGCUGAUGCCCUGCCCAUUGAGCAGGACCAACAAGUCAAGAGCUUUGUGAUCUCCCAUAUUACCAACAUUUUGUCCUCAACUGAGCCAGCAACCCAAGAACUGAGACAGAAGAUCCUUGAUGCACUUCAGGGCAAUGAGGUCGGGGCUCCUAUGGACCCCACCAAGUUCUCUCGCAACUACAAGAUUGGAUCUGUGGAAGGCAACAUGUUCUUUGAGGGUAGCAGCUACUUACCCAAGGAGGUCAUGCUUGAAAUGACUCUGAAGGCAUUCGGCUAUGACAUCGACAUGAUGGAGGUUGGUAUGGAGGGCAAUGGAUUUGAGCCAACUGUGGAAGCUCUGUUUGGAAAGAAUGGAUUCUUCCCCGACACUGCCCUGGAGACAAUGUACUUUGUCUCUGAAAACAUGCCACUCAGAGUCAAUGAGAUCUUGCAGAACAUGCUCCCUGCUCUGAAGAAGGACAGGAAGAAGAGACAG